AUGGCACGCAUGAAAAACCGGCUCAAGUUUUUGCUAAAUUGCAGACGAUACAAACUUGUACCAAAAUGUCUGGACUACCGGGUUACAAUACAAGUUGAAAAUGUAGCAUCGGCAAAGGAGUUAGCGAAACUAGUGCACCGGCAGAAAAUCCGCAUGCUAAAUGUCGAGUGCGCUAUCCAAAAGAAAAAUGAAGCAGAUGAUAUUCGGGCUGAGGUUGCAACAGCUGUUACAAACUAUCUCAACUACCAACAUCAACCCAUCACGAACGAGAACGAAUGGAUCAGGAAAGAUAUUCUACACAGCCGUAUUUUCCUGAAAAAUCACCCAGACAUCUACAUAACAAAAGCCGACAAGGGUAACAAGACGGUAAUCAUAACAGCUGAUGAAUAUCGUCAAAAAAUGUCAUCACUUGUAUGCGACGCUACCACAUACAAAGAAAUAGAAUCGGACCCAACCAACAAAAUACUUAAACAACUUAAUACGAUUGUAGAGGAAUGGUGGAAAGAUGAUCACAUUAACACAGCUACAAAAGAUAAACUACAAAUUUUCCACUGCUACCCUCCAAGGAUGUAUGGUCUACCAAAAAUACACAAAGAGAACAGACCACUUCGACCCGUGGUCUCUACGAUUGGAUCCGCAACAUAUCGCAUGGCACAAUAUCUGGCAUCAAUUCUCGGGAAUAUUGUUGGAAAAACAGAAUACCACGUGAAGAACAGUUUCGAAUUUGCGGACGAAAUUUCGAAACUGCAAGUUCCAGAAGGGUGCGUGAUGUUAUCUUUAGACGUCAUCUCUCUUUUCACGAAUGUACCGACGGCAAGCGCAUACGAAUACAUCGAAGACAAAUGGCAUAUACUUAGGAAAUACACGACCAUCCCGCUCGCGUCAUUCGGAAAAGCAUUGAGAGUUGUACUGGGAGCGUCUUUUUUCCAAUACAACAAAAAAUUCUACGAGCAAGUCCACGGAGUCCCUAUGGGCUCACCAAUUAGUUGUAUUGCAGCAAACAUCGCGAUGGAACAGCUGGAAAAACAAUGCAUCGACAGAUUGAGGGAAAAAAACAUACACCUCUCUGUCUACAAACGAUAUGUGGAUGAUUGUUUCAUCGUCGCUCGCGAAGAGGAUGUGGAGUUAAUUUUUGCCGAAUUCAACUCCGCACACACGAGUCUCAAAUUUACCAUCGAGAGAGAAAAUGAGCAAACAAUCCGUUUCCUAGAUAUGACGUUGCUAAGGAAAGAUGGAAAAAUUGAGAAGACUUGGUACCCCAAACAACCAGAUGGGCGCUACCUAGAUUACUUCUCGGAAAGCCCAUACACACACAAAAUCAACACCGCUUACGCGCUGAUCGAUCGUGCUUUGAAACUGUCGGAUGCCGAAAAAAGGAAAACCAGCAUCACCACAGUCAAGUCGAUACUUAGAAAAAACAACUACCCGCAAAACAUGAUAGACAGCGUUGUACAAAGAAGAGUGCACAAUUUGUAUAACACCCUCGAAAACAAGCAACACAUACCCGACGGUAGCCGUUUCAUGUCGUUGCCGUACAUACCAUGUCUGACCGAGAAAGUUGCGAAAAUCUUGCGCAAACAUAAUUUGAUUGCAGCUCCUAAGCCGUGCGACAAAAUCAAGUCCAACAUCUUUACGAAACUUAAAGACCCAAUUCCGAUCAUGCAACAAACAAAUGUCGUUUAUGCCAUCACAUGCGCUUGCGGAAAUGAGUACAUCGGACAAACGUCGCAAACUCUUGCCAAACGCAUCAAACAACACGAAACCACCGUACGUCUAAAACAGAAAGCUACAGGCCUAGCUCAGCAUGCGUUGGAAAACGGCCCCGGUCAUGUGUUUGAUUUCCCGAAAACGAGAAUUCUCGAACGAAUCCCAAAUACAACACACCGUCGGAUAGCUGAAAAACUGCACAUAAAGAUGCGAGAGAAUCGUGCAGUUAACAUCCAACAGGACACAAAAGGCAUCUCGAGCGUGUACAACGGACUGUGGAAAAAGCUGCGGGAAAAAGAGGAAAUGGAACUACAUCGCAAAACGGAACACAUUCAGUCGACAGCGAGCCGCAGCAGCAGCAGCAUCAACAGUGACUAG